GGCGCAUAGCAGAGUCCCAGGUGUCGACAGCUGCCAGCCAUUUAGCCAAAGCCAUUGGGCUUGUUACGCAAAAGGAUACCUUUAAUGCAAAGUUCCUGAAAAACAGCAAGUUCAAUGUAGCGGGUAUCAUUCUGGCUGAGCAGAAACAAUUUCUCCAACGACUUGUCUCGAGCAAACAGCAUCGCUCUUUGCAAAUGGCGGUGGAAGCGGAGCGGAGAAACAAAGAGAAACAUAGUCAUGUGCAGGGCCCAGUUGUUGACCUAAUGGCUGAAAAGUGGGAUCAGCCUUUGGCCAUGAAGGACAAUUCGUGCAAGUGUAAGUUUGAUUUUGGCUACUGGUUGAUGUCUAAGAGCAAGGAAAGAACAGAUCAUUGUGCCACCGCUGCGUCUCUUGCGGAUGACAAGUUCUGCCAUCAGAGUCCUCUGACUGAUGGCUCUGUCUUGAACAUUCUCAUCUACUUGGCUGAUGGUGCACCGGCCAAUACCGUGCUCAAAAAGUACGAUAUUGACAUUGACAUUGACAAGACAUAUUGUGGAGUCAAUUUCAGGACCUGCCUCUUGAAUGGCCAUGGGGCAAGGUUGAAACAGUGGCCCCAGCGACCAGCAAGGGGAGAGGACGUGGUGGGCGGGGCCGUGGUAGGAAAUCAAAAGAUGACAAACCGGACGACCAUGAAGGGAAACAGAAGGAACAGAAGGAUCCUGACUUUGUUGGGCAAAUUGCCUGGUCCAGAUACACCUGCAGACGCGAAGCAGCCGCGAGUUUGGGCCACAGCGGCUGAGCUGCUUCAGCUGACGGGCGACUCAGACUGGAGCUCAGAAACCAUCAGUGUGUGGGUGCAAGACCGUUUCUGCAAUUCGCAAGCACAUGCAGCAGUGGCAAGUCAUUUGAGCACCCUCUUCCUCCAUUGUUUCUUGAGUGCAAAACCUGCUAGAGCAGCGGUUGGACGCUGGACCGGUGUGGCGUCAGUAUGUGAAUGGUGUUUGGGCCUAGCAGUUUUUCACAGAUUCUUGGGACCGCUUUUAUCUGCUUUGGCCGGCAAGAAUGUUGGCAAGCCAGAUGCAUCUCAGCCUGUGGGAGAGCCCAAGUCAGCGGAUGCGGAUGCCAGGGCCAACAGCAAGACAACCAUGCUGAAACUCUUCCUAGUCUUGCUUUGCAAUGCGCCAAUUCGGGAUUUGCUGUUUUACAUCUUGAAGCACGAGUGUGAUCGCUAUGACCCGGCGCACUUGAAGGAGUUAUGCAAGCGGUACCUGUUCAACAUCAUGGAGGGUACCGAUGUGACUGUCGCGGAAGCCGUUGAUGGCUCACGACUACAGGGAAAGUCACAGCCAAAGCAUUGGCAAAGCUUGCGGACUUGCUUUUCUGCCCGGAUUUUGCUGAAGAGCUUCGUUACUGGUGUGGGCACGGCUCUCAGGGCAAUCAAUUUUUGCACAUUCAUGGCAGAAUCAGAACCAGAGGAUGAGCACGAAGUCUCUCCAGAGCACAUGUUCAUUAUGACGAGAAGGUCGUUGCUUGCAGGCUGCACCGGCCACUCUGAAUGUGCCAAUGACUUUGCUUGCAACAGCGGCCUGGAGGUGUUUAUGACUUUCAUGGCAGCUGAGCCAUGUUGCUUGGACAGUGGCUUUAGCCUUGGCUUGCAAAACCACCUGAAGAACAUGGAGAGAGACGAGGCUCAAUACACAGGUGCUCAGAGACCCUUGCCGUCACACAGGCAUUUUGCCGAGCUGUUUGCUGUUUGCUUUUCAAUCAUGGCAGCUGCACCAGAACCAGCACAGGGCCAGGAGGGCGGAAUGAAUCUUUGGGUGAGGGACAGUAUCAGCCAGAUCAUCAACAGCCCAGUGAUCCAUGCGAAUCAUCUUCACAUCCACUUGAAUCUGACCAUGGAUUCUCUUUAUCCCCAGCCUGGGUCUGAGUCUGACAGUGGUGGUGACAGUGAUGAUUCAUAUGAUGGUGGCCUUGCCAUUUUCCGAGCAGUGCCUGGUGGGGAUGGUGGUGGGCCCCCAGAUUUGGGCGGGCAGUCAGCCGUAGAGCCAGGCAUGACAGAGGGCCCAGGGUCAGGGUGUGCAACUGACACACACAAUCCCAGCCCCAGUGACAUACCACCAGAUCUUACUAUGGCGCCUGAUAUGGUCGAAGGGGAUGGUGCCGCUAAGAAGAAGAUGCACAAGAAGAGUCGCCGCAAGACCAAGAAGGAAUCGAAAGCAAAGCGCAGUGCAGGGGAGAAGGGGGCCACCAGAGACAAGAACAAGGAGCAUGGUGACGAGCCAAUCCUUGACCUCUUUUGCAAGGCCACAGUGAUAGCUUGCAGACGCAGAUACCACUUGAUCCGGGCCCUGGAUCCCAAGACCAGGCCAAGAGAUCGCACGAGGCAUGGCUUCAAGGGCAUUCAAAGACUGGAAAGCAAAGACGGUAGCAGAGGCAAGUUCAAGUUCAUUUGCAGUUGCCAAGUUGCUUCCGAUUCCAACUCCGGACAUAAGAAGCUACAGUGGCCGCAGCCGCCCAUGCUGCUGCAAGAGAGGGUGAGUGCCACAUGUCUGGGCAGCGCCCUUAGGAAGUCCAAUGGCAAGUUGUGUCGCCAACAAGCAGUGUUGCAUGAGAACAUGUUCAAAGAGAUUAGACGACAAGUUGAUCGGAAUUUACCUCCGAGUUCGGCAAAGGAGUAUCUCACCUCUUCGGAUGUGUGCAUUGCAGUCCGUUUCCGGGUCACGAAGCAGAAGGAAUGUGUGGCAGUCGGCUCUACCGCUUCAGCCUCGGCUGCUGCAGCCUCUUCCUUGCCAGAACCCUUCUGCAAGAUUUUCACCCUAGCAAAAGUUGUAUUGUCUGUGAACUCCAUUGCCUUCAAGAUUCCUGACAUCGACAAUGCCGAUGCUGUGUGGCCAACCGUGCUGGACACCCAUGAAUCUCAUCCAGAUGCUGCUGAUGCAGAAGUGGAAGACCAAGACCAAGACCCGUUGGAAUCAGUGAUUUCAACAGCAGAUGAUGCAAAGGACACAGAUGCAACAGGCGAGGCCGACCUUUCUGCCCAGAUUGAUGCAGAGUUUGAUGAGUUUGAAGGGUUCACCGAACUCAUGGGAGAGUUAGAGCUAGAAAGAAUGUUUGGAGAUGAAACUUGUGAUGGUGAGAAGGAAUCAUCAUCGUCGUCUGCCAAACCAUGGCAGAAAAUUGUCAAACUGCCAAAUUUGGACCCGCAUGCCCUGGUACGAAUGGAAGGGAACAAUGUUUUCAAGGGAGUCACCCGGGUCGGAAAGAUUUCUUUCUUAGUGCACUGGGAUCCGCCGGCAAUGGUGGCCCAAUGCGCUAUGCAUGGUGAUUUUUGCUGUGUUUCAACCCCAUUGGUGGAUGGCACAGAUCAAGAUGCUUUGGUUAAAUGGUUGGCAGACGGGCCGUGUUACCGGAACGGUGAAGAACACAUGGCAUUGGCCCCUGCAAAGUGCUACAACCGAUCUUUGUUGAGCUGCGCUGGCUUGAUGCUGUUCCUCGCACAGUUGACGACCAGUGAGUUGUUCAAGAUGGAUGAUGAGAUGAUGGAACCUUUGGAUUCGAUUGCAGAAUCCGUAGCUCCUGCAGAGGCCGAAGCGGUAGAUGUGGUGCCACAACAACUGUUCCAGCUGAACCAGCCAGGGUUUGCGGGAAAUCUGCCACCCAGCUUUGGACUUCCACAUGAGCAGCCUCAGCCCGGCCCUGGGAUCAAUUUGCGCUUGACCGCAGCCGGCGUCAGGGGAGUUUUGGCUAGGUGGGCAGCUGGCUACUACAGGCUCACGAAGAAGAUGUCUGAGAUGGGUGUGAAAGAAGAACAGCCCUCAGGAGACAUCUGUCGCAUUUGUCAAGACACAGCGCGCAGAGGAUUCCCAGGAAUGACAAGGGCACAAUUGGUUGCAAAGCUUGAGAAUGCCAACUCAGCCAACCCAGAUCCACAGAACGAGUCUUUCUAUAACGAGUUCUGGCAAGGUAGAAAGCAAUUGAUCAAGGACACAGAGGAGAAGAUUGCUUGUGGCCAAUCCCGCAUCAAGAAGCGCACCCGGACAGUCAAGAAAGAGGAUGCUUUGACUGUUUCGUCCUCGAUGAAGGGAACAUUUGUGGAGUUGGAGCAGUACAAGAAGGACUAUGGCUCUCCCACCAAGAAUGGCCUUGGGCAUUCAAUCACCAAGGCCAAGCAUCCAAUCACCCAGAAGAUGACCAAAGCCGUGUUCGUUCCAGACCUCAAAGAAGGGUACUGGAGCGGUGAGUUUGGCAACUCUUCUUCGGUGAAGCAUGAACAACUUCUUGACGACGACAGAGAUGCAAUUCUUCAGGGUCAGCUUGAAAUGACAAUGAAUGUCAAUCAGAAAGCGCUUUUGCAAGACCUCCCAGCAGAGACUUGUGGCGUAUCUAUGAGUCAAGCAGAGGCAAAGCUGCAGGAAGAGAUGAAAAGGAAGCUUGCUGCCGAAGCAGCCAAGGCGGAGGAGAAUGAUGAGGACAUGGUGACAGAUCAGGGACCCACAGAAGCCAAAAAGAGAAAGGUGACGUGUGAGGAUGACGAGGAAGAGAUUGGAGAAGACGAAGAAAUGCUGCUUGCUCAGGCAGUUAGCUUGGGAAAUGACGAGGGGACCGAGGGAUCAGAAUCAGCAGCAGCAGCAUCUUCUGGCUCUUUGGGCUUUGGGCCAGGGCCAUUCAAUCCAAUGCUGCCAAGAAAGAUGAAGCAGGCACGAGUAGAAGGAGUACCGCUUCCACAACCUCCGCAGCAUGUGCAGCCGCAGCUACCUUCGCUUCCUGUGCCAUCUCCUUCACAUGUUUGGCCAGCUGCUGCAGACCAAGCUGGUGAUGAAGGAAUCACUGAUGGUCCUGAUGUGGCUGACAUGGAACAGGAACAGACCCAAUCAACGUGGAAUUCCUGCGUGAGAGUUGAUAGCCUGAAGCUGUCAGAUCCUGCGAGUGAUGUCUACAAGCCUCCUGCUUCCCUGAAAAAAGAGCAGCAGAAGGCGAAAUGGGCUUCUGAGGUUGGAAAGAUCGUACCAUGGAUCCCAUUGCUAGACAAGGUCCUGUCAAUUGAGCAGGUGAAAGUCACAGAGCAUGAGCUCAAGACUGCAGCAACUCAAGUGCGAAAGGUGCUGGCAAGAAAGCUGGACAAACGCAUGGAGUAUGAGAAGCCAAACAACAAGGGCGAAACGCUGCUUUCUCAGCGCGUGGAGGCUCUGAUUGGUGGGUUGGAAACAGUCAAAGAGUUGCGAGCCAUGGCAAUCAACUGCACAAAGACUCCGUCCAUCUUCAAAGCCGAAGCUUUGGAGGACUUGAUGACCAAGUUUCAGGGGUACAUGAAAAUUCUGGCUGGGGAAGAUCGCUGUGCAUUUGUGACCGCUGCUGUCCAGCCACUGGUGGGUUCCAAGUGUGCCGUGAAUGAGGAGAUUGCUUUGCAAGUUCAAGAUCUUUUGCUUCUGGAGGGAAGUGAAGAGUCCAGACAACAGACUGAGCCGACCAAGCAGACAGCGUAUGGUCGCUUCGCAGACUUUUUCUACUUUUGCCCUGGUUCCUUUCAAAAUGAGAAGGUGAUCAAACUUCAGAGCAAGUGGAUCCUGCAGUUCAUCAUGCGCAUCUUUUCUCUGCCAUUCCAAGAAUUGGUACCAGUCCUCAAAGCAUUCAUCCCAGGGACAACAAAAAGAGGUGACCGAGACGAAGGCGAAGAAGAAGGUGAUGGCGAGACAUUAGGGAGGGAUGAUAUUGAGGGUUCAGCCGUGAAUCUGCAUGUGGGCAAAUGCAUUUUUGUGCUGCAUCGAUUGGUCCAUCAACCAUCUGUCGAUGAUCUUCGGGAUGCUCUGGGAGAAACGGAUGUCUUUGGCCACAAGGUAGUGCUUUCAUUCCACAAGCCCAUGCAGAAGUUCACCAAUUCAACCCAGUUCAAACUACUUCUCAAGCAAUGCCAUGAAGCUGUCACGAACUAUGAGCUGGACGCAGCGGCAGGUGCUAAGGUGGAAGAGCUCAAGGAUAUGGUGAAUGAAAUGAAGUACACAGUUGAUCAGGUGGUGAACGAUUCAAGCAGGCACACCGCCAAAUCUGCUUUCAUCGCUUUGGAGGAGUGCGUAUCCGUGAAGGCGGCCAUAGCUGUCAUUCCAUCAUCCAGAACCAGUGUGCAUCAGCAGCUCCGCGACGCAUCCUCAAGUGAACUUGAGAUUGCCUUCGGACAGAUACAUGACUUGUGGUGCAAACUUUUUGCCAAAUUUUGUGUGCGGCAGAAGUUUGGAUCUUGUCCAGAGGCCCCAGUGGUGUCAGCAUCAACAGCAGAGACAGCUUCACCUCCAACGGCAGAGACAGCUGCAGUUGAUAGGGAAGGCAUCCAGGAAAGCAAAGAGAAUGUGGAGGGAGUGGAAGAUGUGGAUGAUUCUGAUGCAAUGCAGUUUGCCGCACAUGUGAAGGGGCACCAGGAGAAAGUCCCUGAGGAGUUCUCCGAGCCAUGUGCUUUUGCCGACAAGAAAGUGCUGCCAUAUCUUCCUUAUGCAUUUCGUGUGGCCCUGAUCUACUUUGCUGAUCUGAUUACUCUGUCAGUUCUUGAAAAGCGUUUGCAGCAAGAUCCAGAGGUAGAUUCAGAGGACCAGAAAAAGCUACGCAAGAUUCGGGUGCUGGCCCUGCUGUAUUCUGAUGCAUUGACUGACAUCGCGAAAUGCCCUGCACAUCCCAUGGCUUCUCGGUGCAUCUCUAUGAACAAGAGUGUGUGUCCAUUGGCACGCAUUCUAGCCAAGCAGAUUGUCUUCACUUUGAAGGAUGCGGUCCAGAAAGAUGAAGACGAGAAAGUUCUGGACAGGACCGUGCUCAGUGUUCUUGGAAAAUGGAUUGAUGAAGAGGAGCUGCGGAAACAGAGCAAGACAAAUGACGAUGAGAAUGAGAAGAGCAACGAGGACCAGAACAAGGACACUGACAAAGACAAAGAGGCUGACAAUCCGGAAGGUGCCAAGGAAGCCCAAGACGAGGAGGCAAAGCAAGCCUUGAGUCUCUUCCAAGACCUUCAGCGAAAGUGCAGUUGGGCAGGUGAACUGCCGAAAGAAGUUUCCAGCCAUCCGCUGUACAUAGCCUUGCAAGCAUUCGAGGUGUCCGCCGGUCAGGGCAGAGAUUUCUUGGACAGCAUCUCAAAGUAUUCCAUUGUCAGGCUUGAAGAGACGCUUGGGGCAGAGGCUUUGAAAGGCCUUUCCAAGUCUUACACAGAUUUAUGCAGUGCCAAUCAAAUCUUCCAAAAAUCGAAACCUGACUUGACCAGCAAGCCUGAUAUGCAGCAGCUUGUCACCAGAGUGCAAACGUCUUUGACUACCGGCAAGCUGCUUCUUGCGUGUCAAUCAGGCCUCCGUGCUCUUCAUGGGAACGGUAAAAUCGCCGAGUUUGUGGACAAGUUGGGAAAGCGAGACAUCCGCGUUGACGAUUUGCCGCUGGCCCUUCAAGAGGCCAUUUCAGAAAUGAAUGCCCAGGCUGUGCUGACGGCAGAGAGUGCCUUGAUGGAAGACACUGAAGACACGAACUUGAGCCAACCCUGUCAAGGUGACCCUUUAGAGGAUCAACUCAGCAUAGCGGCCCAGGACAAGACAAGACUUGUCAAUCAGGAGGAACUGGAGCAGCAGCAGCUGCCGCAGCACCCAGAGCUCAUCAGUGGGAAGACUUCCAUGUUAGUCUUGAGCAGCAUGGUCCUAAUUCAGUUAAAGUUAGGCCAGAGGCCAGGGGGGCCAUGGCAGCUGUACCAGCUGUCCCAUCCUUUGAAGAUGAUCGCGCUCGAGCUUGCUUUGGAUAAAGAGGCAGCCUCAGCGUCUGGAGAGCCUGCAGACAGUUGGCUCACAGUGGCUCUGGAAGUGCUAGCCCAACACCUACAAGAACGCGUGUUGCCACCUACGCUCUUGUAUGGCUCAGACUGCUCUGGGUUGGAUGCUCCCCGUUUGAGCUUCGAGUUUGCCUCAGAAGCUCCGGGGAAGGAAGGAUUGCAGCAGAAGCUCAUGUUGAGCUUAAACAAUGGCCCAAAAGUAAUCUUUGACGACCUUCUUGAUCGCAGGGAAACUGGCAAAAACUGGCUCACAGGGGCGCGUGUUCGCACUCCAUCGGACCUGUCAAACAUGAACGUGAAGAAAAAGGCUCUCGAUCUGAACAUCACGGCCGAGUCUGGCAUGAGUAGCAAGACCUUGGAGAAAUCCCUCCACUAUGUGAAGCGCCACAGACCCGAAAUCGUUGUGAUCGAGAAUGUUGCCAAACGAGAGACAGCCGCUGUUGUCAGUCGUCAGUUAGCCAAAGCCAACUACGAGGAGAUCUCGAAUCGAUUGAUGGCCGUUAGCAGCAGCUCGGUGGGGAGCCUUUUGCUUCCAGAAUCGGAUGCUCGGGUCGUGGAUGCCUUGUCCAGAUUGAAAAGCAAAGCGCUUUCAGAGGAAGAUCUGAAGGUGCCUUCGAUUGAAGAACUCCUUGCCCUCUACUCAAAUGAGUGGCUUGAGGAGCAUAGGAAGAAUAGCUUUUCCAACCCGCCGUUCUUCGUCUGGGACUUGACAAAUGGCAUGCAGUACGGGAAUUGGAAAUCCAGCUCAUAUGCGGAGAAGUUGCCGUGUCUGCUUCGAGGAGUCUUGUUGGGUUGUGAGCUGCUGAGGGGGCAAGGGCUCCCAGCCUCCAUUCGCUCAACUGGCUAUGCUGAUGGCGUGCAGGGUGUGAUUGAUGUUCCGGCCUCUUGGCUGUUGGAGCUUGACAAUGGCCACAGCAGAGUUGCGACUUCGGUGGGACAACGGAAACUGGGAGUAAGAAUGCUGAUGAUGGAGGAGUUGAGUGGGUCGGCCCCAAUAGGAUCCCUGGAGCCAGCAGCCAGAGCUCAACUGUGCCGCUUGGGAGAAAAAGA